GUGAGCUUGGUGAGCUGCGUGAGCUUCGCAGGCCUUGAUGGCCCCGCCUCCGUGCGUUACGGCGAGCUCGUCAGCAAGCAGGCGGUGCAGCGCGCCGCCAAGAAGGCCAAGGUGAUUGUACAGCAUCAGAACUCCCACACGUUUGCCGCUUUCUGUGAGGCGGCGGCCGCCCAGCUCGGUGCGAUCCCUGAG